AUGCGCAUGCGCCGCCAUCAGCUGUUACUACGGUGGGGGGAAGCCACGAGAGCCAGUCGUGCCCUCUUUGAUACAUUGUCACUCGUGCCACUUGAUGUGCUGACGGAUAACAAGAUGAAGAUGGGUGUCCACAAGACGGAGCACGAGAGCGGUUACUUCGAGGACGAAGACGAGCGGAGGAGUCGAGAACGCAGCGGACUCCGCGAUGUUCAGUACAGCCUCGAAGAGGAAGUCUUCUACUCCGAAGAGGAACCUAGGACGGAACAAGAAGGUAAACUUAACCUGACCCCUAUGAAGGUUUCAAAAGCUGUUCACUGGAAUGCCGCAUGGCCUCCUUUAGCUAGAACUGGUUAUAAUCCCAUUUCUGUCAUAAAUAUUGAUUUCAUGAAUUCAGUCCUAGUUUAUAUCGAGUAA